CUAGAAUGAGAAACGAGAAGGAUAGCGCUAGUCAGGGUAAAACAUUGGCAAAACAUCGUGGUCCAUUGUGGUAUUUCCAUAUAUGUUCUAAGCAUUUUUGGUGAAUGUUUGUUUUUAGUGACGUUAAAGAUUAAUAGUGAUAGUUUGCGACAAUUAUUAUAAACAUUUUUAUGCCGGACAGCCUUCAAGAGCUGUUGUUUUAUGUGAUAUUUGUUUAAAAAUGGUUGAAUCUUGCAGUGCGGUGAAUUGUUGCAAUAGACGCAGAAAAGAUGUGAAAAUGAAGUUUCACAUGAUACCUACAGAUCCUAACAUGAGGAAGUUGUGGUUACAUGCUAUAAGAAGAGAAAACUUUACUACCAGUACAACAACGGUAAUUUGUGAAAAGCGUUUCACUCCAGAGGAUUAUGAACUUAGUGUUCAUGGAAAUAAGGUACUAAAAAAAGUGGCAGUUCCAUCUGUCUUUGAUUUUCCAGCCCAUCUCAAGAAAGAACCUAGCCAUCGAAGGGUUUUGAAAAGAAAACAUGAAUAGAUAAUUUCUAGAAUGAACUAUGGUAUAACCUAUAUUGUACUCGUAUUAUAAUGAAAAACUGUGCAUCUACAGUAUUGUUAAUGCCAUUGUGCACAAAUAUUUUGUAUACAUAUAUAUAUAUAUAUAC